AUGUGCGACUGUUUCCACCUGGCCUUCCCCAACUGGCACGCAGCCUCCUCAGGGACGGAGGCUGCUCGAAGGGCGAGAGGACCAGAGUCCGGGAAAGAGGACGAGUCAAUAUGUGACGAGGCAGCUCAGUUCACCGAGGGAGAAAGACCUCGCCCUCAAGGAUCGUCCCCCGUCGAAGAGUUUCCUGAAACUGAGAAAUACACCGACAGUGACAAGGAGUGUGAAGCGGAGCAUGACCCACACCACAAAAGAGGGAAGAAAACAAAAAAGUCUGGGUUUGGGUCCAUGUUUGACAAGCACUCAACUCCCAAGAUGAGUAAACUGAAGGAAGUACCCAGCCCUGAGUCAGGGGUGAUUGUGAAAACAGCCAAAGAUGGAUGUGCGGAGGGUCUCAUUUAUGGUGGAGGUGGUAAAGAGGGAAUCUUCAUUAAGGACGUGGUACCCGAGUCACCUGCCUCAAAGAGUCUAAAACUGAAACAAGGUGAUCAGGUUCUGAGCGCCACUGUGUAUUUCGACAACGUGUCCUAUGAGGAUGCCAUUCAGAUUCUGGAGCAUGCUCAGGCUUACAAAGUGAAGCUCUGCUUGAAACGCCAACCAGACAUCACAGAGACUGAACCAACCAUCGAAUCUGAUGCCAUCCCUGAAGAAGACCUCUACGCUCCGGAGAUGAGGGAGCAAGAAAAAACUAAGAGGCGUGGUGAUACUCGAAUUUCAUGGCCUAAGUUUCCCUCCUUUGGCAAAGGACGGAAGUCACGCUUUACAAGGUCUCACAGUUCCUCAGAAGCUGAGGAUCAGAGAAAGCUGGAGCUGAGCCCCACCACAAGUUACACAGAUUCACCUAUAAAAUCUCAGGAUGCCCUCAAAGGCAAGAAGAGGCAUAAGAUAAAGCUUUCUGUCCUAACGAGGAGAGGACGCGUAAGUUCAUCUGAAGAACAGGACACAGACACACCAACAACUGGGCAGAUCAGUGGCGUUGACAUUCAUCAGACACCGGAAGCAUCAGACAUAGGCUCUGAAAGCCCCCCUGGAGAAACACCUGAAGAUGUUUUGACAGUGGUGGAAGGGUCAGACUUGAGACUUGAACAAAAUCAGAAAAAACUGACUGAGUCUGAAACUGUUCAACACAAAGUUGAACUGAUCACCAUAGAUAGCACUAUGAAAACAACAGAUCUAACUAUGGCUCUGACAGAUCAAGAAAGCUCCUCUCCUAUCAAGUCCCCCGAAGGAAAGAAAAAAAAGAAGGAAAAGUCUGAAUUAAAAAUGAAACUUUUGGGGAGGGAUAAGCUUAAGAAAGAUAAGAAAGAUUCAAAGGCGAAAUCACCUAAAAGGCUGAAAACGCUGGGGGCAAGUAUAGAAAAACCAGAUCAACCUGAAAUUGAAAAAUCUGAUGUCAUCCCAGUUGUUGAUACCCAAAUAAUCAGCAGUGAGAGUCCAAAGGCCAAAUCAGUGACACCAGUGAAAAUAAGUGUACCACAGGUUGAACUUGAUAUAACUGAUAUUGCACUUGUAAAAAAAUCUCCAAAGAAAGGCGAAGAAAAAACAAAGAAAGGCAAGGGCAUUAAACAAAAACAAGACACAAAGACAAGUCCAACAUUCAAACUGCCUAAAGUAGGCUUCAGUGACAUUGUCACUGAGGAAACUAUACAAAAAAUCAAUGUGAAUGUUGAAGAAAGCAAAACAAAUAUCAAGCAAUUUACAACUGAGGGUAAAGAUGUAACAGAAGACCCAUAUGACAAACUGUCAAAAAGCACCGUUUCUGGAACACAACUUCCCAAACGUGAAGACAUUGAGAUCCCAGGUAUGGAGGAUGUGUCUAAGGGGACCACAGCCAAAGGAAUUAAAGUGCCUGAAGCAGUUUUUACAGGAUCUUAUGAAGAAAUCCUGUCUGAAACUGUACAAAUGUCAAUUGAUGUCAACAGUGUGAAAGAGGCAGUUUCAAAAUUGCCUGGAUUUAAGUUGCCCAAGGUUGAUACAUCUGGCAUGCCAAUUCCAGAGGAAAUUACUGUGAUAGAUGCAAAUGCACAAAGAAUAUCAGUGAAAACACCAACAAAAGUUGUAGAGACCAAAACAAAACAAGAGGCACACGUCACUAAAUUUGACGUAACUGCCUCUCCUGAAAUCCUCAAGUCUUCAAUCAAACUACCAAAGAUCAAAGCUGAUGUAACCUCAGAGGAACUUGUUAGUGAGGUCAAGGUAGAUCCUGAAAAGGAAUCCAGAGCAAAGCAAAAACAAAGCAACAAAGAUAUUAAAACUGGCCUCUAUAUACAAGAAGAUAUUAUUAUGAUUGGAAAAGAGAGUCCAGAAAAGGUAGCCAUUCAUCAGACGCCAGAAAUUGAGAAAACAAAAGGCACAGGGGACAAGAGGCAGCUUGGAGGAGUCAUGGCUGAUAUCAAAAUACCUGCAAUCGAAACAUCUGCAAUGACAACUGGAGGUGAACUGGAAGCUCCCAAGGAUGACUUUGAAUACAUUGAUUCAGUAGGUGGUUCACUAGCCACCAAGGAUGGGGGCAUUAGGCAUACAGGUUUCGGUGUUAAACUUGAUGCUGCAAAGGCAAACGCUGAUGUCUCUUUUCCAGAGAUCAGAGGUGAAAUUAAAGAUGUUGAAGCUGAGGAGCACAUAAUCAAACUGCCCAAAUUUGGAGCUGUUAUUCCAGAUGCAGCUAAGGAUAUAAACAUUGAUGGGGCAGAGAUAAAAACACCUGAAAAAGAAGGAAAGGGUAGUAAGUUUAAAAUUCCAAGUCUCAGUAUCUCCAUGCCAAAGGUGAAAGGACCUAAAAUGGAUGUAGGCCUCACAAAGACAGACGCAGACAUCAGACACACAGAGGACAUUAUUCUAGCAAGUGCAGAUGUUUCCAUUCCAGAGCAAAAGCUGGAAGUCAAGAAACCUGAACUGGAAAUCAAAAAUCUGCAGUCUGAAGGUGACGUUGAUAGACAAGGAAGCAAGUUCAAAAUACCAAAGUUUGGAAUCAAAAUGCCAAAAAUAAAAGGGCCUGAAUUUGAUUCAAGCUUAUCAAAGAAAGACGUAGAUGUUACACUACCAGAGGCUACAGCUAAGGUAAAAUUCCCAGAAGCCCCUGACGUUGAUGUUACUCUUGGAAGAGUAGAUGUUUCCAUUCCGGAGCAAAAGCUGGAAGUCAAAAAACCUGAAUCAGAAAUCCAACCUCUGCAGAUUGAAGGUGAGCUUGAUGGACAAAGAAGCAAAUUUAAGAUGCCAAAGUUUGGUAUCAAAAUACCCAAAAUAAAAGGUCCUGAAUUUGAUUUAAGCUCAUCAAAGAAAGAUAUGGACGUCUCAGAGGCUACAGCUGAGGUCAAAUUCCCUGAAGCCCCUGAGCUAAAGAUGGAGGUUGAAAAACCUCAGUUGGAGAUCAAAUCUCUGGAAACUGAGGGUGAACUUGAUGGACGAGGAGGCAAGUUCAAAGUGCCAAAGUUUGGUAUCAAAAUACCAAAAAUAAAGGGGCCUGAAUUUGAUUUAAGCUUAUCAAAGAAGGGCGUAGAUGUCCCAGAGGCUACAGCUGAGGUCAAAUUCCCUGAAGCCCACGAGAUUGAUGUUACUCAGAGGACCAUAGAUGUUUCUAUUCCUGAGCAAAAACUGGAGGUUGAAAAACCUCAGUUGGAUAUCAAACCUCUGCACAUUGAAGGUGAACUUGAUGCACAAGGAGGAAAGUUCAAAAUUCCAAAGUUGGGAAUCAAAAUACCAAAAGUCAAAGGGCCUGAAAUUGAUUUCAGCACAUCAAAGAAAGAUGUAGAUAUCACACUACCAGAAGCCAAAGCUGAAGUCAAACUUCCUGAUGUUGAACUAAAGGGACCAUCUGCUGAAGUAGAAAUUAAAGCUCCUGAAACCAAAGGUACGAGAAAGGCUGGAGAAGGAUCACCAUUGAAAUUUAAAAUGCCAACUUUCAAACUACCCAAAUUUGGAACUGCUACUCCAAAUGUCAGUGUUGAAAUAUCUGAUAAAAACAAAGACAUUCAAAUUCCUGAAACACAACUGAAAACACCUGAAGAUGGUGGCACAGUUGGCAUUACAGUAACUAGCACUGAUAUUGAAAGUCCAUCUCUUGAUAUGAAAACACCAGCAGCUGAACUUGAUGGAAAAGGAAGCAAGUUCAAAAUGCCAAAAUUUGGAAUAUCAUUGCCAAAAGUUAAAGGUCCUGAAAUUGAUUUAAGCUUAUCAAAGAAAGAUGUAGAUGCCACAUUGUCUGAAAUUGAAUCAGAAGUCAAACUUCCUGAUGUUGACCAUGGAUUUAAAGUCAAGGUUAAAGCUCCAGAGAUUGAUAUUCAUCAAAAGGAUGUCGAAGGAUCACCAUCAAAAUUUAAGAUCUCUGCAGAAGUACCUGAUAUUGCCAAAGAUGUCAAAAUGGAUGGAUCUGACAUUAAUAUUCCAGGGAAGGAGUCUGUGGUUAACAUUGCCACACCCAGCAUUGACAUUGAAGGGCCAUCAAUAGAUAUGAAAACAACAGGUACAGAACAUGAGGGAAAAGGUAGCAAAUUUAAAAUGCCAAAGUUGGGAAUGUCAAUGCCUCACGUAAAAGGACCUGAAAUUCACUUUGGUUUAUCAAAGAAAGAUGCACAUGUCACACUACCAGAAGCCAAAGCUGAAGUCAAACAACCUGACAUUGAACUAAAAGAAUCUUCUGCUAACGUGGAAAUUAAAUCUCCAGAGAAGAAAAUUUCAGGAAAAAGUACAGAUGGAUCACCAUCAAAAUUUAAGAUGCCGACAUUUAAACUGCCAAAAUUUGAUGUCGGUACUCCAAACAUCUCUGCAGAAGUACCUGAUAUUGGCGAAGAUGUCAAAAUCGAUGGAGCUGACAUCAAUAUUCCAGGGGAGGCUGUGGUUAGCGUUGGCACACCCAGCAUUGACACUUCAAUAGAUAUGAAAACCCCAGUGACGGAACUGGACGGAAAAGAAAGCAAGUUCAAAGUGCCACAUCUCAGUUUCUCUAUGCCAAAGGUGAAAGGACCAAAAAUUGAUUUAAGCUUGUCAAAGAAAGAUGCAGAGGUCACAUUACCAGAGGCUAAAGCUGAUGUCAAAUUUCCUGGGGCGCCUACACUUGAUGUAAAUCUUGGAGAGGUAGAUGUUUCAAUUCCAGACGCUAAGAAACCUGAAUUGGAAAUGCAGGCUGAAGGUAAACUUGAUGGACAAGGAGGCAAGUUCAAAGUACCAAAAAUAAAGGGACCUGAAUUCGAUUUAAGCUUAUCAAAGAAAGACGUUAAUGUGACACUGCCAGAGAUGAAAGCUGAGGUCAAACUCCCAGAUGCCCCUGACGUGAGUCUUGGAACAGCAAAAGUUUUGAUUCCACAGGCAAAGCUGGAAGUUGAAAAACCUGAGUUAAAAAUCAAACCUUUGCAUACUGAAGUGGAACUUGAAAGAGAAGGAAGCAAGUUCAAAAUGCCACAGUUUGGCAUAUCUAUGCCAAAGGUAAAAAUACCUGAAAUUGAUUUAAAUUUAUCAAAGAAAGGUACAGAUGUCACACUACCAGAUGCUAAGGCUGGGGUUGAACUCCCAGAUGCUCCUACAAUUGCUGUGGAUAUGAAACCACCAGAGUGUGAAGCAGAAAUUGAUGGGCAUGGAAGCAAGUUUAAAAUGCCAAAGCUUGGAAUCACAAUGCCAAAAGUAAAAGGUCCUGAAAUUGAUUUAAGCUUCAUGAAGAAAGAUGUAGAUGUAUCCCUACCAGACUCCAAAGUUGAAGUGGAUAUUAAAGCACCUGCAAUUGAAGGAGGUGAGCUGAAAACACCUAAAGAGCUUGAAAUGGAAAAUCUUGAACUGGAAAUUCUGUCUGAGAGUGAACUUGGCGGACAAGGAAAAAAGUUCAAAAUGCCUAAGUUGGGAAUGUCACUUCCAAAAGUAAAAGGACCUGAAAUUGAUUUCGGCUUAUCAAAGAAAGAUGCAGAUGUCACACUACCAGAAGCCAGUGCAGAAGUCAACCAACCUGAUGUUGAACUAAAAGAACCUUCUGCUAAAGUGGAAAUAAAAGCUCCUGAGAUUGAAGCUCAACUAAGCAGUGUGAAAGGAUCACCAUCAAGAUUUAAAAUGCCAACAUUCAAAUUUCCUAAAUUUGGAGCUGCCACACCAAGUAUUAGUGUUGAGGUACCUGAUAUAGACAAAGAAAUUAAAAUUGAUGGAGCUGACAUGGACAUAUCUGUACCACAGAAAGAUGUUGAUGUACCAGAAGUUAAAACAGAGAUCAGUUUGCCAGAGGUUGAAGUCAAAGGCAGUGCCGUGAUGGAGCAGCAGCCAGGUGUUGAGGUAGAUGCUAAACUGAAAAAGCCAAGGUUUUCACUAUUUUCUUUUUCAAAAAGUAGUAAAGCCCCAGAAGUUGAUGUUAGUGCUCAGGGUGUGACUGUUGCAAUUCCAGAGGGGAAGGUGGAAGUAAAAGGAGGGGAAGUAGAUAUGAAACCAGAAUGUGAAGCAGAAAUAGACAGUCAAGGAAGCAAGUUUAAAAUGCCAAAGUUUGGAAUAACAAUGCCAAAGGUAACAGGGCCUGAAAUGGACUUAAGUUUAUCAAAGGAAGAUGUGGAUGUGAAAUUACCAGAAGCCAAAGUUGAAGUCAAACUCUCUGAAGUUGAAGUGAAAGCUUCUGCUGAAGUGGAAAUUAAAGCUCCUGAAACCCAAGGUGCAAAAAAACAGACAGAAGGAUCACCAUCAAAAUUUAAGAUGCCAACAUUCAAAUUACCAAAAUUUGGAGCUGCUACUCCAAAGGUCAGCGUGGAAGAACCUGAUGUAAACAAAGAGGGAGCUGCAGUGGAUAUUACAGCACCCGGCAUUGACACUGAAGGCCUAUCGGUAGAUGUGAAAGGAAGUGAACUUGAGGGAUCAGGGAGCAAGUUUAAAAUGCCAAAGUUUGACAUCUCAAUGCCCAAAGUAAAAGGGCCUGAACUUGGGUUAAGUUUAUCAAAGAAAGAAGUAGAUUUCCAAUUACCAGAGGCUACAGCUGAUGUCAAACUACCAGAUGUGGAGGUCAAAGGUCCCGGAGCUGUCACAGUAGAAGUACCUGAUAUGGACAAAGACAUUAAAAUUCCUGAAGAGGUUCUUGCAGUUACCAUUGUAGCACCCAGCAUUGACACUGGUCGCCCAUCAAUAGAUGUGAAACUUACUGGAACUGACCAUGAGGGAAAGGGGAGCAAGUUUAAAAUGCCAAAUCUCGGUUUCUCUGUGCCUCAAGUCAAAGCUCCUGAAUUUGAUUUAAGCUUAUCAAAGAAAGAUGUUGAUGUAACACUACCAGAAGCCAAAGCUGAAGUUCAACUCCCCGACAUUGAAGUAAAAAAACCUUCUACCAAAGUGAAAAUUAAAGCUCCUGGAAUUGAUGCUCUUACAACUGAUGUUGAAGGAUCACCAUCAACAUUUAAAAUGCCAACAUUCAAGUUACCCAAAGUUGAAGCUGCCACUCCACAGGUCAGUGUAGAAGUACCAGAGUUGGACAAAGACAUUAAAGUGGAUGGAGCAGAUUUAACAUUACCAGAAGCAAAAGCUGAAGUCAAAAUCCCUGAUGUUGAAAUCAAAGAGCCCACAGGUUCUAUUUCAGUCUCACAGCCACCAGUGACAGAGGGUGAUGUCAAGUCGAGAAAGUCAAGCUGGACAUUCCCAAAAUUUUCAUUUUCCAAGACAAGUGCUAAGCCCACUGAGGCUGAUGUCAAACUUGAUGUCCCAAAAGUUGACGUGACAUUACCGGAGGUCAAAACGGAGGUACAUCUUCCAGAUAUUGACAUCAAACAAUCCUCAGGUAUUUCAACAGAGGAGGCACCUGCUACAGACCUUGAUGCCAAAUUGAAAAAGCCACGGUUUUCAUUACCCAAAUUAUCGUUUUCAAAGCAAAGCAUAAAACAGACUGAAGUCGAUAUCAGUGUUCCAGAUGUUGACGUUUCUCUUCCAGAAGGAAAUGUGGAGGUCAAACAACCUGAAUUGGACCUUAAGGCACCAGAAGGUGAUGCAGAAUUAGAUGGAGAGGAAAACAAGUUUAAAAUGCCAGAGUUUGGCAUCUCAAAGCCAAAACUUAAAGGGCCUGAAAUUAAUUUAAGCUUAUCAAAGAAGGAUGUAGAUGUCACCCUACCAGAGUCUGAAGUUCAACUUCCAGAUGUUCAAACAGGUCAUGUUGAAGGAUCCCAAUCAGAAUUUAAAAUGCCAUCAAUCACAUUACCCAAAUUUGGAACUAUUAUUCCAAAAGUCAGUGCUGAAGUACCCGAUGUAAAAUCAGACAUUCAAAUUAUAGGAUCAAAGCUGGGGGUAACUAAAGAGGGAGCUGCAGUGGAUGUUACAGCACCCAGCAUUGACACUGAAGGACUAUCUGUAGAUGUGAAAGCUAAAGGAAUUGAACUUGAGGGAUCAGGGAGCAAGUUUAAAAUGCCAAAGUUUGACAUCUCAAUGCCCAAAGUAAAAGGGCCUGAAGCUGCCGUUUCUGUACCUGAUGGAGUUGGUGUUCCAAGUGUCACAGUACCAGUACCUGAUAUGGACAAAGACAUUAAAAUUCCUGAAGAUGCUCUUGCAGUUAACAUUGUAGCACCCAGCAUUGACACUGGUUGCCCAUCAAUAGGUGUGAAACUUACUGGAACUGACCAUGAGGGAAAGGGGAGCAAGUUUACACUGCCAAAUUUCGGUUUCUCUGUGCCUCAAGUCAAAGCUCCUGAAUUUGAUUUAAGCUUAUCAAAGAAAAAUGUUGAUGUAACACUACCAGAAGCCAAAGCUGAAGUUCAACUCCCCGACAUUGAAGUAAAAGAACCUUCUGCCACAAUGAAAAUUAAAGCUCCUGGAAUUGACAUUCAUACAACUGAUGUUGAAGGAUCACCAUCAACAUUUAAAAUGCCAACAUUCAAGUUACCUAAAGUCGAAGCUGCCACUCCACAGGUCAGUGUAGAAGCACCUGAUUUGGACAAAGACAUUAAAGUGGAUGGAGCAGAUUUAACAUUACCAGAAGCAAAAGUUAAAGUCAAAAUCCCUGAUGUUGAAAUCAAAGAGCCCACAGGUUCAAUUUCAGUCUCACAGCCACCAGUGACAGAGGGUGAUGUCAAGUCGAGAAAGUCAAGCUGGACAUUCCCAAAAUUUUCAUUUUCCAAGACAAGUGCUAAGCCCACUGAGGCUGAUGUCAAACUUGAUGUCCCAAAAGUUGACGUGACAUUACCGGAGGUCAAGGAUGUAGAUGUCACCCUACCAGAGUCUGAAGUUCAACUUCCAGAUGUUCAAACAGGUCAUGUUGAAGGAUCCCAAUCAGAAUUUAAAAUGCCAUCUAUCACAUUACCCAAAUUUGGAACUAUUAUUCCAAAAGUCAGUGCUGAAGUACCCGAUGUAAAGACAGACAUUCAAAUUAUAGGAUCAAAGCUGGGGGUAACUAAAGAGGGAGCUGCAGUGGAUGUUACAGCACCCAGCAUUGACACUGAAGGACUAUCUGUAGAUGUGAAAGCUAAAGGAAUUGAACUUGAGGGAAAGGGGAGCAAGUUUAAAAUGCCAAAUCUCGGUUUCUCUGGGCCCCAAGUCAAAGCUCCUGAAAUUGACUUAAGUUUAUCAAAGAAAGAUGUAGAUGUAACACUACCAGAAGUUAAAGCUGAAGAACCUUCUGCCAAAGUGGAAAUUAAAGCUCCUGGAAUUGACGUUCAGACAAUUGAUGUUGAAGGAUCACCAUCAACAUUUAAAAUGCCAACAUUCAAAUUACCCAAAUUUGGAGCUUCUACUCCACAGGUCAGUGUAGAAGUACCUGAUUUGGACAAAGACAUUAAAGUGGAUGGAGCAGAUUUAACAUUACCAGAAGCAAAAGCUGAAGUCAAAAUCCCUGAUGUGGAAAUCAAAGAGCCCACAGGUUCAAUUUCAGUCUCACAGCCACCAGUGACAGAGGGUGAUGUCAAGUUGAGAAAGUCAAGCUGGACAUUGCCAAAAUUUUCAUUUUCAAAGACAAGCGCUAAGCCCGAUGAGGCUGAUGUCAAACUUGAUGUCCCAAAAGUUGAUGUGACAUUACCGGAGGUCAAAACGGAAGUACAGCUUCCAGAAAUUGACAUCAAACAAUCCUCAGCUAUUUCAACAGAGGAGGCACCUGCUACAGACCUUGACGCCAAAUUGAAAAAGCCACGGUUUUCGUUACCCAAAUUAUCAUUUUCCAAACAAGGUUCAAAAGACCCUGAAGUGGAUGUCAGUCUUCCAGAUGUUGACGUUUCUCUUCCAGAGGGAAAGUUGGAAGUCAAACAACCUGAAGUGGAAAUUAAAGCAGCAGAAGGUGAUGCAGAAUUAGAUGGACAGGAAAGCAAGUUUAAAAUGCCAAAGUUUGGUAUCUCAAAGCCAAAACUUAAUUUAAGUGUCUCAAAGAAAGAUUCAGAUGUCACACUCCCAGAAGCUGAAGACGGAGAAGUUCAACUUCCAGAUGUUAAAGUGAAACAACCAUCUGCUAAAAUGGAAGUUAAAGCUCCUGAAACUGGAACACAAAAAGGUGAUGUUGAAGGAUCCCCAUCAAAACUUAAAAUGCCGACAUUCACAUUACCCAAAUUUGGAGCUGCUACCGCAAAGGCCAGUGUGGAAGUACCUGAUGUAAGCAAAGAUAUUAAAAUUGACGGAGCAAAGCAGGAGGUGCCUAAAGAUGGAGCUACAGUGGACGGUACAGCAUCUGGGAGCAAGUUUAAAAUGCCAAGGUUUAGCAUCUCAGGUUCAUCAAAGAAAGAUGUAGAGGUCCCCUUACCAGAAGCUAAAGCUAAACUUCCAGAUGUUAAAGUGAAACAGCCGUCUGCUAAAAUGGAGAUAAAAACUCCUGAAACUGAAGCUCAGACGGGUAAUGUUGAAGGAUCCCCAUCAAAAUAUAAAAUGCCAACAUUCACAUUACCCAAAUUUGGAGCUGCUACCGCAAAGGCCAGUGUGGAAGUACCUGAGGUAAGCAAAGAUAUUAAAAUUGAUGGAGCAAAGCAGGAGGUGCCUAAAGAGGGAGCUACAGUGGACGGUACAGCAUCUGGGAGCAAGUUUAAAAUGCCAAGGUUUAGCAUCUCAGGUUCAUCAAAGAAAGAUGUAGAGGUCCCCUUACCAGAAGCUAAAGCUAAACUUCCAGAUGUUAAAGUGAAACAGCCGUCUGCUAAAAUGGAGGCGAAAACUCCUGAAAUUGAAGCUCAGACGGGUAAUGUUGAAGGAUCCCCAUCAAAACUUAAAAUGCCAACAUUCACAUUACCCAAAUUUGGAGCUGCUGCUCCAAAGGCCAGUGUGGAAGUACCUGAGGUAAGCAAAGAUAUUAAAAUUGACGGAGCAAAGCAGGAGGUGCCUAAAGAUGGAGCUACAGUGGACGGUACAGCAUCUGGGAGCAAGUUUAAAAUGCCAAGGUUUAGCAUCUCAGGUUCAUCAAAGAAAGAUGUAGAGGUCCCCUCACCAGAAGCUAAAGCUGAUGUCAAACUAUUAGAUGUUAAAGUGAAACAACCUGAAGCUGCUGUUUCAGUACCUGAUGUACCAAUUGAGGAGGAGGCCAAGUUGAAGCAAUCAAACUGGGCAUUUCCAAGAUUUUCCUUUUCAAGGACAGGUGGCAAAGCCCCUGAUGUUGAUGUCAACCUUGAAACACCCCAAGUUGAUGUUACAUCAUCAGAAUCAAAAGCAGAGGUCUGUGUACCAGAUGUUGAAGUCAAAGGCCAUUCAAUAGAAGAGCCGCCUGCAGAGGAACUUGAUGCAAAUUUGAAAAAACCUAGAUUUUCCCUGCCAAGAUUUUCUUUUUCAAAGCCAAGUGUUAAAGAACCUGAAGGCAAUGCUGAUCUGGCACAAGUUGAUGUUUCUCUUCCAGAAGGAGAAGUGAAAGUCAAACUGCCAGAAGUUCAAGCAGAGGUCAAACUUGCAGAAGAACUUUCAACAAAUGCAGAAAUUAAAACAUCAGAGACUGAAAAUAAAGAUGAUGUUACUGUCAAUAUCACAGGUCCAAGUGUUGAUAUUAAAACGGAUGCAUCCAAAGCUGCAGUAUCAGAUUCUGAAACACCAAAGACUGAGACGGACAAUGUGGGUCUUGCAUCUCCAAGUAAAUUCAAAUUUUGGCUGAAUUUUUCAAAACCCAAACCUGAAGAUGAACAGGUCUCUGUUGACGCAGAAGGUAAAGACAAUCAGCUAGAGAUAGAGGCUGAACCCACCAAAGGAGAGAGUAAAUCACCAAAAAUGACUUUGACAUCAUUUGGUGAGAUCCUCAAGAAUAUUGAUGUUGAAUUUGAUGUACCAAAAACAGAACAAGAGGAGGAAAACCUUGACACCUCAAAGGAAGUUCAUGGAACAGAUGAACUCAGAAAGCAAGAGGCAAAGGGAAAGGAAACAAAUACCAAGCCAGAUACUACCAAAAGUCCUGAAAAGACAGGCUGGUUUAAAUUUCCCAGAUUUGGACUGACAUCCCCAUCAGAACCUGCAAAGAUUUCCGAAAAAGACAAGCAAAAGGAUUUAAAGAGCCCAGAAGGGGAAACAGCGUAUGAGGAAAGUCCCACCAGUUCUGUUCAGUCAUCAGACGCCUUUGCUGAUAUUAGCUCUGCAAUGACAAGUGAACAUGUUGGCCUGUCCUCAUCUUCCCCAACCAAAGUUACUGUCAAAUAUUCUGAUCCUAACUUUGCUACCGGCCUUGGAGAUGUGCAUGGUAACAUCAUUACUUCCACCACAAGGACUGGGCUGAUAUCAGUUGAGCCCAACUUACCUGAGAAAAUCACCAUUCUUUCAUCGUCAUCAGAAGACACGCUCAGACUGGAAUCAGGAAAAAUUCACGUCAUUACAUCGAACAUACAAGCAACCCCAGAAACACAGCAGGCCAGGCUUCUAACCGCUGUCCAAGUCCAGUCGGCUGGAGGCCUUCCACUGCAAUCAGAGGGUACCAAAGAUGCAUCGUGGACUGUUGAAAAGUCACAGAGCGGCAGCAGAACAGUCUUUGAGAAACACUUAGUUAAGAAAACAUCAGGUGACGGCCAAGAAACAACUGUUAUAACUAAACAAAUUACACACGUAUUUGACUCUGCUGAGCCCAUCUCAGAUGAGACAGCAACAUCUAUUCAACGACUGAAAGACACUGUGCACACUGAGAAAAUGAAGUUUUUUGAUGGUGCCGGGAAAUGA